CACCUCCUGUGUAGCUAAGGUCCCGCCUCUCUCCUCCUGGCUCUUCGCCUUGCGGUUCGGCUCAGGCAGCAUAUGUCUGGAGUAGCAGCGGAUUUGGCGGCUACCUCUGAGAGGGUGGUUGGCUGCCGUCACUUCGGAGAUGGGCAUCCUCUCCCUGCUUCUUCUGCUGCCUUUGGUAUCCAGCUUGGAUUUCCGCUACCAUCACACCAAGGAGUUGGAAGCUUUUCUGAAGGAAGUGCAGAAGAAUUACCCUGCCAUCACUCACUUGUACAGUAUUGGCAAGUCAGUACAAGAUGUGUAUUCCUCUCCGAUCUUUCAUUUGUUGUUUCUGGAGGGAGGCAAGGUAGAGACCUCUGGGUUCUUGCUCUGGGAAGGUCUCCAACCCAGCAUAAGAUUGGCAUACCAGAGUUCAAGUAUGUUGGUAAUAUGCAUGGGAAUGAGGCUAUUGGGCGGGAACUGCUCCUCCAUUUGAUUAAAUAUUUGGUGGAAAGUGAUCAACACGAUCCAAUCAUUACAAAGCUCAUUAAUAACACCCGGAUACACAUCAUGCCUUCAAUGAACCCUGAUGGUUUUGAAGCAUCAGUUAUGCUUCAGUGUGCAUCCACAAUUGGCAGGUACAAUGCUAAUAGAAAAGAUCUGAACAGGAAUUUUCCUGAUCAUUUUACCACCAAUAAUCAAAUUAUCCAGCCAGAGACUAAAGCAGUUAUGAAAUGGAUAAAUACUGGAAUGUUUGUUCUUUCUGCUAAUCUGCAUGGUGGAGCACUGGUUGCAAGUUACCCCUUUGAUAAUGGCAAUCGUGUUACAGUUGAUGCAAAUGGUGUUAGCAAAACAGUGGACGAUGAUGUUUUUGUUCAUCUUGCAAGCACAUAUGCUAACAACCAUCGCACAAUGCAUAAAGAGAUUGUGUGUGAUGAUAUGAAUUACUUUAAAGAUGGUAUUACAAAUGGAUAUCACUGGUACAUAGUGAAAGGUAGCAUGCAGGAUUAUAAUUAUGUUUGGGGACAGUGCUUUGACAUUACUUUGGAGUUAUCAUGUUGUCACUAUCCCUCAGAAGAUAAGAUUCAAGAUUUCUGGGAUGACAAUAAAAUUGCUCUGAUUGAAUACAUUAAACAAAUUCAUCUAGGUGUAAAAGGCCGUGUUCUAAAUCAAAAGAACCAACCCAUUGCAAAUGUGAUAGUGGAAGUUCAAGGAAGGAUGCAUAUAUGUCCUUAUGUAACCAAUAAAAAUGGUGAAUAUUACCUUCUCCUCCUGCCUGGAGUCUACAUUCUCAAUGCAACCCUCCCUGGAUUUAUGUCAUUACAACAGAAAGUGGUUUUACCAAACGGUGCAGAAAAACUCAGUGCCUAUGAAUAUGAUUUUAUUUUCUCCAUGGGAUCUACCUCAAAAAAGCCUGUUCCAUGCCCAUUGAAACCACUUUAUUCAAACAGUGUUAGUACAUUUACUGUUACAGUGUUUUAUUUUCCAAUUUUUGUAUAUAUAUAUAUAUAUAUAUCUGUAGGCAUGUAAAAUUUUAUAUUAAGUUUGGUUUUUAACAGUACUUGACUAUAGAUUUUAAAUUGUAUUGAGAUAUUCUGAAUAAUAAAGCCUUUGAAUUAACUGCAUUCUGUUUCAACCUUUGAGAAUAGGAAAAUGUGCACAGGUCACAGUGGUACAAUUAUUUAUUAAUUUAAUGAAACAUCCCCUUUGCCCUUCACUUAAAAUAGAAUUACUAUACUAAUACAACUGGAUCUUGGGGAUAAAAAUGAGAAGUCAGAAGAGACCAAUGCAUAUUUUACCUGGUCAGUCUUUUCUCUUUAAUGAAGACAAAUGAAUGCAAACAUUUGCUUGAAAAAAAUGUUUUUUUCCAUUGUUUAGGGUAUCUGUACACACAUGGAACCUAUUCUGAGCAACCUGAGCCAAUGAGAUUAUUUUAUUAGUAUCUAUUAAGCAUCUAUAACAAAUGCUCUUGGAUAUGGUACUAUAUAAAAAAGGAUGAUCUGUUGCUUUUACCUUUCCUUGCCUCACCUUGGAAUCACAUUUUAGAAUUCUGAAGUCAAGAGAACUCUAAAUUAGGGAAAAUAUUUCAACGACAAACUAUUUUUACAUUCCAGGUAGAAAAAAAUACAGUACUGAUGCAGAAUUUUGCCCCAAAAUUAAUACAAAUGGGAAAAUACUAUUUUAUGUACACACACACACACAAAAAUAGCCCAAGACGUACACCAUGUGGAGGCUCUUCUUUGUCAGAUCUCAUUUUAGAAAAUAUGACUUCAAGGAAAUUGAUCACCAUUACAAUCUUUAGAUUGUAGUUAGAAAAGAAUCAACAUUACACAUUGCUGCCUCUCCCCACUACCAAAAAAAGACUGGAAACAGAUAAAUUAUUACUGUUGUGAACUGAAUUACUAUAUAAGAAUAAAAUAUGGAGGAUAAACAAAAGCAAAGGUUGUUUAUUUGUAAAUUAUAGAUUGCAACUCACACUUCAUUGUAUACUAUUUGCUUGCUGUGAAUGUUACAAUCAGUAAGUACUUGGGAUGCUACAUCUUAUUUCAGUGACUUUUAGAAUUAGUUCUAAAAACCUUUUAAACAGAAUUCUUGCCAUAAUACUUGACUACAGCACAAAUGUAAGUCAUCCUUUAUAAUUUCACCAAAGAAAUACACGUAUGGUAGCCUAAAGAACGUAACUCUA